UGAUUUAUUUUGGUUUAUUUCUGUUCAACAACGCGGAACCUUUUAACGGCGGAUCAUGUUUUAGACGGACGUAUUUUGUCUACGAACUCGGUCAUACACGAAACGUUUGAAAUGGCGGUCACCUUCCACACAGACGUAGGAGACAUGAAAAUUGAAUUGUUCUGUGAACGCACCCCGAAAGCAUGUGAGAACUUCCUUGCGCUGUGUGCCAGUGGCGUCUACAAUGGCUGCACCUUCCACAGGAACAUCAAGGGCUUCAUUGUUCAGACUGGAGAUCCGUCAGGCACGGGCAAAGGAGGAACAAGUAUAUGGGGGCGCAAGUUUGAAGAUGAAUUCAGUGAACACCUAAAACAUAAUGUGAGAGGAGUGGUCUCGAUGGCAAACAAUGGCCCCAACACAAAUGGCUCACAGUUUUUCUUUACAUAUGGGAAACAGCCUCACCUGGACAUGAAGUACACACUGUUUGGAAAGAUUAUUGAUGGCCUCGAAACACUGGAUGAACUAGAGAAGCUGCCUGUCAAUGAAAAGACUUUCCAACCACUGACGGAAACGCGGAUUAAGGAUGUGACCAUUCAUGCUAACCCCUUCGCUGGAUAGACUUUUGCAUCUCGUGGAACAGUCUGGGGUCCAGCUGCUGAAUGAAAUAUAGUUAAACGAGUCAUUAUGCCUUUACAAUUCAUUUAUUCAGAAACGGAAGCUUGCUAUGUUUCACAGCACUGUACAGAUUGUUUUUAAUGUAAAUAAAUUACAUGUGCUUUGUACUGAAUAAAGGUUUUAUGUUUCAAACGUGA